AUUAGAUAUCACCUAGUGCUAUAAAUCUCAACUAACGAAAUAAGUAUUAACAUCAAGCUAAGUACCAGUGACUUUAUAUUUUAGGAGAAAGCUGUUGUAUUUCUCCCAGUGAGUUGCAAGCAUGGCGCGGUUGGAAGAUAUGGUGGAGGCAAGGUUGAGUGUUCUAAGAGGAGUCCAAUCGAGAACGAAUCAGACGUUCACCAUCUUCCGCGUCCCCGCCUUUCUUCGCGAGAGCAGCCGGACCUCCUACGAGCCGCGCUUGGUGUCCAUCGGCCCCUACUACCACGGCGCCGCCGCGCUCCGCGCCAUGGAGGACCACAAGUGGCGCUACCUCCACGACCUGCUGUCUCCGCAAGGACCGCCGGAACCCAACCAUCGCGUUCCACUUCCACCCCUUGUCUCCGGACUCUCCGCAUCCGCCUUGGUUGAGAAGAUGCGGUCUCUCGAGGCCGAGGCGCGCGCCUGCUACAGCGAGCAACCCGUCGACCUCAGCUCCGACGACUUCGUCCAGAUGCUCCUCCUGGACGGAUGCUUCAUCCUCGAGUUCUUCCGUAAGUGGCGCAGAAAUCAGCCCGAUGUGCUAUGCGACGUUGGUUGGGGCCUCACGUUCGUCAUCUCCGAUUUGCUCCUUAUGGAGAAUCAGCUCCCGUUCUUCGUCCUCAAGAAGUUAUAUGUUACCGCCUUUGGCGAACAGGAUGGCCAGGCCGGAAAUAACCUCCUCCAGCUUCUCCUUCAGUACAUCGCCGGCCGUCAAGUUCCAAUCAGAUGGCCGAACGGGCAGGUCAAUCACAUCCUACACCUGUACUACGAGAGCUUCGUGCCCCAGAGCCAGCGGACGCCGCAGCAAGAACAGAGUACCACGGCGCCGCGAGUGCUACCGUGCGCCGUCGAGAUGAGCGAAGCCGGGGUGACUUUCGCCGUGCGGCGGAACUCAGACAACGGCUACGACGUGGUGUUCGACUCCCUUAGGGGCGUCAUGGAGAUACCCACCAUAUUGAUCGACGACGCGAAGACGCCGCUGCUCGCGAACCUGAUCGCGUUCGAGCAGAGCCUGGGCAACGACGAGGCCAUCCUCCUCAGCAGCUACGUGGCGCUGAUGGGCCAGCUCAUCGUCACGGCGCGCGACGUCGCGCUGCUCCGCCGGCGCGGCGUGCUGGAGAACAUGCUGGCCAACGACGACGAUGCCGCCCGGUUCUUCAACCACCUCGGCGACUGUGGCGCCGUCAACCACGACAGCCACGCCUUCGUCGGGCUCUACAAGGACGUGGACCGCUACUGCGGGACAUGGUGGCGGAGGAAGACGGCGGCGCUCCGGCGCGACUACUUCGCCAGCCCGUGGUCGGCCAUCUCCUUCGUCGCCGCCGCAGUCGCCGUCGUGCUCGCAGUUAUGCAGACCUACUUCACCAUGUUUCCAUUGAAAAAAGGGUGAAUUUGGUAAUUAAGCACAAUCACACAGUUGAGAGUUGUAAAAUCUCUACUCCCAUUGUUUCAGGGUAUAAGACAUUUUGACUAUGGUUAAAGUCAAACUGCUUUAAUUUUGAUUAAGUUCGUAGAGAAAAGUAUUACUACAUCCGUCCUCUAAUAUAAGAUAUUUUGAUAUUUUGCUUGCAUUA